AUGGGAGGGGGGAUUGGGAUGGGAAAUCCGACGGCAGCUACAAUCACGCACGUGCUUACUAAUAAGAGGAAGUUUCCCUUCACCGACGGGGCGGAGGAUCUGUUGGUGGUGUCCCUGGGGAGCUCCAAGGCGCUGAAUCUUUGUUGCGGGGAGGUUAAAUUGGCAGCGAAGGUUGCGAGGAUCGCCGGCGAAGAAACGAUCAACGCGGUGGAUCAAUCGGCAGCGAAGGUUGGUUUUGGGGGCGGCGACGACGGCGGAGGAGGCGAUGAUGGUAGGAGGAGGGUGGCGGCAGCGGCGGGUGGAGAGGUGGGGGAAGGAGGAGGGAGAGCAGAGGGCCGGAUUGCAUGGUUAGAGAGAAAGAGAGAAUGGCGCCGUUCCCGCAAAGCCACCAUCUCAGGCGGCGCCACCCCAUCACCUGCUGCUACUCCACCUGCCCUCAUCCGCCGGAGCGCCGCCGCCGACGGAGCCAGGUUAACGACGCCGCCGCUCAGCUUAUCAAUCGCCCUCGUCCUCUUCCACUCCUCUUUCUCUCUCCCAAAACGUGCUGAUGCUGCCAAUCCCUUCGAUAAAUAUGUGAAGCGGAAAAAGCUGGAGCCUUUAGAAGCGUACGUGCCUGCUGUUCUAUUGACUGAAGACCAGUUCAAGUAUUUGGAGAAAUCUUUAAAUGUGGAGAUGCCGGAAUAUGAGCUUAGCAGAUCUUUAUUGCGCUCUGGACCUGCAGCGUCUCUGCGGAUAAAUAUUCGAGCAGUGGCGCAGUAUGCUAUUGAUGAUGGUAAAGGAAAAGUAGCUUCUGAUGCUGUUGAUCAAUGCCUACGAGCCUUGGAAGAUCUCGAUUCUAUGCUAUUACAUGCAACGAGGAAAGAUCCAACUGCAUCAAUUAAAUCUAUGAAGAACAAGGUCAAUGUUGCUCUGGGUGCAAUAGAUAGCCUCUUGCAAACUGUGCCAUCACCAGUGCUUGAUAAGGCAAAGGCAAUUGCAGAUGCAUAUAGAAAUCCAAACGACGAGGAAGAAGAAAGCAAACCUGAGGACUUGGAUCCAGACCUGAAACAACUAGAAGCAAUUCUUUGAAUUCAUUGCCAUUAUCUGUACCUAAUAGUUUAAAGAGAUCAUGUAACCUUUGUAAAGCAAAUCGGGAUGUAUCCCCUGUAUACAUGAAGUUGAUUCUUUCUCAGGUCACUUGUAUUUUUCAUUAUUUGUUAAAUAUUAUUGGCGAGGCAUUACUUCAAUGAUUUAUUCUUUGGUCUGUGCCGGAUAUCACAGCUCAA